UAUACUUUAGGGGAAAUCAAAAUGCGAAGAACUUUUCUCCAUGGGAGGAGAUAUUUGAGCAAGGCCUAAAUCUAGACAAACUUCAACAUGCAAAAGUGAUUCAAACUUUUGUGGGCAUGUUGGAUUUCCCUUCUAUAUAAGCAGCUUUGAGCUUUUUUUUGGCCCAAAUGGGUUCUGGGCCAUUUUUGUCUACAAGGCCUUCUGACAAUGAAAAUGAUGUGGAAAAUGGUAUCUUGGGAAGAGAAAAAGAUAAAGCUUUGCGGACUAGCAGAUCGGUUAAGAUACCUAACCAGGCCUUACUGUCUGGGGCAGCUUACUGCAUUUCGUCCUGCAGCAUGAUACUCAUUAAUAAACUUGUCUUGUCCAGCUAUGACUUCAAUGCCGGUAUAUCUUUAAUGCUGUACCAGAAUUUUGUUUCUGUACUUAUCGUGUCUGCAUUGUCCAUUUUGGGUGUUGUAACUACAGAGCCGCUAACAUGGAAGCUAAUUAAGGUUUGGAUACCUGUGAACAUUAUCUUUGUUGGGAUGCUCAUUACAAGCAUGUUCAGCUUGAGAUACAUUAAUGUUGCGAUGGUUACAGUCCUCAAGAAUGUCACCAAUGUAAUGACUGCAGUUGGUGAGAUGUAUCUCUUCCAGAAACAUCAUGAUAAUAGAGUCUGGGCUGCUCUAUUUUUGAUGAUUAUUUCAGCCAUUUGUGGAGGAAUCACUGAUUUAACCUUCAACGCUGUUGGUUAUACAUGGCAAUUUAUCAACUGUUUUCUAACUGCUUCAUAUUCUUUGACAUUACGGCGUGUCAUGGACACAGCAAAGCAAGUCACUCGAUCAGGAAAUUUGAAUGAGUUUACGAUGGUCUUGUUAAAUAACACUCUCUCAAUCCCUUUGGGUGUCCUGCUUAUUUUCAUAUUCAAGGAGGUGGACUAUUUAUAUGAAACCCCGCUUCUGAAGUUGCCGAGUUUUUGGUUGGUUAUGACACUAAGUGGAUUUCUCGGUCUGGCUAUCAGCUUCACUUCUAUGUGGUUUCUACAUCAAACAGGGGCUACCACAUACAGUCUUGUUGGUUCUCUCAAUAAAAUUCCUCUCUCGGUUGCUGGAAUAGUUUUGUUCCAUGUUCCUACCAGCUUGCAGAAUUCUACUAGCAUUCUAUUUGGUCUUAUAGCUGGGGUAUUUUUCGCUCGAGCUAAGCUAAAGGAAAAAUCUCAGUCUGGAUAGUUGGAAUCCCAAUUCACUUGUGUGCCCAAUGGUGGAAAGUUUCAUGUUCACAAAAAUCCUGCUUUGUUGAUUGGAUUGGUUCUUGUAUCUUGCGCAAUGAGUUGAGUACUUGAGUUGAGCAGCCUUUAGAGAGGAAAAACACGAAGAUGGAGCAUGUUUAUUUGUACAGGACAACCGAGUUUCCAUAUGAAGAAAAAUGGUUGCUUUGUUGAUAGCUGGGAUGCAAUGCUCUUCCGGCGUACCAGUAUAGUAGAUCAAAGGCAUUUGUGCCCUGGCAUCGAGCUUUUGCAUCUUUAGCAAAGUAUCUACAAGUUAUUCCUUUCUGAUUCUUGUUCCAAUUAAUCCUUUGGUAUUUUUGGCACAAAGGAAAUUUGUAAACAAACUAUUAGGUGAGGGUCGAAGACCUAUUUGAAUGUAAUCACAAGCUGAACUAUAUAAAAUGAAAUGCAAAGUUUAUCGUAGUAUGUUCUUAGUUUGAAAGCCUCUUCUCACAAUUCGCUUUCAAUAUCUAAUAUAUUCCCUUUUUUUAUAUUUACCA